AUGACUGCUUACAAUAAAACAGCUAUCCUUUCGGUUUACGACAAGACCGGCCUUCUGGAUCUAGCCAAAGGGUUAUCCGAAAACAAUGUGCAUAUUCUAGCGUCCGGCGGUACGGCACGUAUGGUCCGUGAGGCCGGCUUCAACGUUGAGGAUGUGUCCUCGAUUACACACGCCCCAGAAAUGCUCGGUGGCAGGGUCAAGACCCUGCAUCCAGCUGUGCACGGUGGUAUUCUAGCUAGAAACCUCGACUCCGAUGAAAAGGACUUGAAGGAGCAGAACAUCGAGAAGGUGGACUUUGUGGUGUGUAACCUGUACCCAUUCAAGGAGACUGUGGCUAAAGUCGGCGUCUCCAUUCCCGAAGCCGUGGAAGAAAUCGACAUUGGUGGUGUCACUUUGUUGAGAGCGGCUGCCAAGAACCAUUCCAGAGUGGCCAUCCUGUCAGACCCCAAGGACUACCCUCAGUUCUUGCAGGAGCUGAGCAAGGGUGAGGUUUCCCAGGACCUUAAGAACAGAUUGGCAUUGAAAGCGUUCGAGCACACUGCAGACUACGAUGCUGCGAUUUCUGACUUCUUCAGAAAACAGUACUCUGAGAACAAGGCCCAGCUACCCCUGCGUUACGGUGCCAACCCUCAUCAGAAACCUGCUCAGGCUUUCGUCUCCCAACAGGAGGAGCUUCCUUUCAGGGUUCUGUGUGGCUCUCCAGGCUACAUCAACUUGCUGGAUGCCUUGAACUCGUGGCCAUUGGUUAAGGAGCUAUCGGCUUCUUUGAACCUGCCAGCCGCUGCUUCUUUCAAGCACGUUUCCCCAGCCGGUGCAGCUGUCGGUAUUCCCCUCAGUGAUGUCGAAAAGCAGAUCUACUUUGUUGCAGACAUCGAGAACCUCUCUCCAUUGGCCUGUGCCUACGCUAGAGCCCGUGGUGCCGACAGAAUGUCCUCUUUCGGCGACUUCAUCGCCUUGUCUAACAUUGUCGAUGUUCCAACUGCCAAAAUAAUCUCCAGAGAAGUGUCUGAUGGUGUUAUCGCGCCAGGCUUCGAGCCAGAAGCUUUGGAACUUCUCUCAAAGAAGAAGGGCGGUAAGUACUGUAUUCUUCAAAUCGACCCCAACUUCGCCCCUGAAGCUUUGGAGUCCAGACAAGUUUACGGUGUCACCCUCCAACAAAAGAGAAACGAUGCCAUCAUCAACAAAUCUUCAUUCAAGGAAAUUGUUUCUGCCAACAAGAAGAUCACUGAACAGGCCGUCAUUGAUUUGACUGUUGCUACCAUUGCCCUGAAAUACACCCAAUCGAACUCGGUGUGUUACGCCAAGAACGGUAUGGUUGUUGGCUUGGGUGCAGGCCAGCAGUCUAGAAUUCACUGUACAAGAUUGGCCGGCGACAAGGCUGAUAACUGGUGGUUGAGACAGCAUCCUCGUGUCUUGGCUUUCAAGUGGGCCAAGGGCGUGAAGAGACCAGAAAAAUCGAACGCUAUCGAUUUGUUCGUCACUGGUCAAAUUCCUACCGAAGAGCCAGAAAAAUCUGAGUACGAGUCCAAGUUCGCAGAAAUUCCUACCCCACUGACUGCUGAGGAGAGAAAAGAGUGGAUGGGCAAGUUGAGCAACGUUGCCCUGUCUUCUGACGCUUUCUUCCCAUUCCCAGACAACGUUUACAGAGCUGUCAGAUCGGGCGUUAAGUACAUCGCUGCCCCAUCAGGCUCCGUUAUGGACAAGGCGGUUUUCGGUGCCGCCGACUCUUUCGACUUAGUUUACGUCGAAAACCCAAUCCGUUUGUUCCACCAUUGA